UCGUGUUUCGCCACUCGAAAAGAAGGUUAUUGUUACAAUGAGCCUGGCGCUGGACUAUCGAUAAAGUGUGUUUGUAUGUCGUUUUCGUCGAUAAUAAGUGUUGUGUUUACUUUCACUCGUGCGAAUGUCUCGAUCCUUACCUUUUUGUUUGUUUUUUCUUUUAAUCACUGCCGCAUGGGACGGCGCUUACGUUUCAGUUAACCCUUUAUUUUGAAACGAUGGAACGUUGUUCUUAUGGUUUUUACACCAAAAGGUCUGAAAUUCUAGAUAAUAUACAAAAGAAAAAAGAUCAGGAAAAAGAGCCACAGAGCCCCAGUUACCAACAACAAUUGGGGAAACCUGCUGAAAAGUCAAUUCAUUCUGCAGAACAGAAUGCUAAUGUCCCAGUGACACAGCAUGUGCCCGCUCAGCAACUGCUCUCUCCGAAUGCUCCAGGCCAACCUGCGCAAGCAAAAGAUGACCCUAAAGAUAAGGCAUUAAAAGUCACCAAUUCAACUACUAUAACGUUAAUUGAGAACAGUAACCUCAAUGGUGAAAAGGAUAAAGACAGUAACUAUCCUAAAAACUACUUUACUUUAGAGCCUAAGGGUGACAAGAAAGAUGAAUGUAAUAAAAAUAGUAUUACGAUAACUAGGACUGUGCCCAAACAAUCACCUGGUGGUGGUCAGGCAGAUAAGCCAAAGGCACCGCCUAAACCUGUUAAACGGCCACUGCAGUGUUUAGAAACACUCGCAGAAAAGGCUGGUAUAACAUUUGAGGAUAAGUACGAAGCUGCAAAUACUCUUUUGGCUUUGGAUAAGCAGAAUAACACUUAUCGGAGGCCUGAGAUUAAACAGCCAAAGCUAGAGCCUGAUAACCACAGUACAGGGGAGGAAUAUAGAUACAGGAAUCAAAAAGAAGAAGAUGACAAGUUACAGAUCCAACAGCAAAUAAUCCAGCAGCAGCAGCAGCAGCAACAGUUGCAGCAGUUACAGCACCAACAGCUGCAGCAGUUGCAGCAGCAGCAGUUACAGCAGCUCCAACAGCACGCGCUACAGAGGCAGCACCACCAGGCCAUACAGCAGCAUAUAAAGAACCAGCAGGAUCAGCAGGAAUUGUUGCAGAAGCAAUUCCAGCAGCAACAACAACAGCAGCAGCAGCAACAACAACAGCAACAACAACAGCAGCAACAACAACAACAACAACAACAACAGCAGCAACAACAAAAAGCCGAUAUACAGUCUCAACAGCAAGACCUUCAACAGCAGAAGUUUCUACAGGUGGUGAACAAUCAGCCGGUUCACACUCAGCAGUUUAACGUGCCCGGUAUCGGAGAGAUCAACCUGAGUUUCUUGGCGUCACCACAGAGUAACGUCAACCUACUGUUCGAUAAGAACUCGAAGACUGGCAUGAGCGGAGAGAUCAAACCACAAAUCGUAGACGGACAAACUCAAGUGGUGCAGCAGCAGAUGAGCAUGGCCCAGCACGACGCUGGCCAGCAGCAUCACCAGACCGUCACUGUGGUUUCCUCAAUGCCAAACAGCAUGACGCCUCAUCAGGUCCAGCAGCAGCAGCAAGCGGGUGGUAUCCAGCAGCAGGCGGGAGUGACCACCAUGCCGCCGCUGCAGAGCCUGCCCCCUAACACCCAGCACCCCCAACAGAUCAGUGCCGAAUGGGGUCACAGUCGCGUGCAGGUGAUCCAGCAGCCGCUGCAGAACAGCACGUACCUGCAGCAGCUGUACAACACGCAGGGCCCGCUGCUUAUGCCCGGCAACAUCGCGCUGCAUCCCGGCAUCAACUCGCAGCAGAUUCAGGUGAUCGCCGCUGGCAAACCGUUCCAGGGCAGCCAGUUGGCGCCUCACAUGCUCACUACUCAGGGGAAACAGGUUCUCCAAGGUCAGGCUGCGCCCUUCCCGGGCUAUACCACGAUCCCGGCGAUCCCCACGACCCAGAACCAGACGUUCGUGUUUAGCCCCCUAGGCGUGAUCAACUCGCAGCCCAACAUUCUGCCGUCGCACUCCCAGCCCACCGUAUCUGGGAUUGGCCAGCAACAGAAGUCUGCUGACAUGCAUAAGGUGAUGAGCGGCGGCAAGGUGACUGGCGGCAAGGUGACUUCGGGCGGCGCCGGGCAGGCGGUGCCGGUGCAAGCGCAGUGCGUGCAGGUCUCGCAGCCGGUGCUGAGCGCACAGCAGGCGGCGCAAGCGCAGAUCAUCAGCCCGCUGCAGGCUGGCGGCCAGACGAUGCAGUUCGCCCCGUGGCAGCUGUCCGGAGCCCUACCGCAGGUGUGGACCGGCGGCAUCCAGGCCGGGGCUCUGCCCGCCGGAGGCCUGCUCACCCACAACCCGAUAUUCAUCAGGGGCACUCAGCCUGACGCCCCGCCCUCGAUGUUCAUUCAACACUCGCCGCAGAACAACGUUCAGCAUGCGAACGUGAGCGUGGCGUGCGCGACGCCGACGCCGGCCAAGCCUCGCGCGGCGGCCGACGGCAUGAGCAAAGCGCCGCGGCCGCUGUCCAACAUCCUGCCGUCCGCCGGCAUCCGGCCCGCCUCGUCCGUGUCCACGCAGACCAACGCCAACCAGCAGAACCAGGCUAAACAGCGUGGCAAGCCCGGAGUGAGGUCGCCUGCGCCGGCCGCCAAGCAAGACGCCGCCAACCAGACCAACAAGAUGCAGCAUCAGAUGCAGCCGAAGCAGCAGCUGCUGGUGAUGAACUCAAGUGGGCAAAUUGGACAGAUCACGAGCGUGCAAGAUAAGAACUCGGUCAACAAGUCCAUCCAGCAACAAGCCAUGAUGCAACAGCAGGCUAUUCAGCAACAGCAGCAACAACAGCAGCAGCAGCAGCAACAGCAGCAACAGCAGCAACAGCAGCAGCAACAGCAGCAGCAACAACAACAACAACAGCAACAGAUGCUCCAUCAGCAGCAGCAAACUCAACAGAUGGUGCAGCAUUAUCAGCAACAAGGAAUGACGCUGGGCAUGCAACAAACGUUGCCCGUAGGCUCGGUGUCGCAAACCAUUCCGAUGGCGGGCAUGCCGCAAACCAUAUCAAUGGUGCAGCAAAUACAUCCGCUGGGCGGUAUGGCGCAGGCGGGCACGCUGGUGGGACAAAUCAACAGCGCGCCGGCACAGCCGGGUGGCACGCUCACGCAGGUGCAAACGCUGCCGCAGCAACCGCAGGCUUUGGUCGGCAACGGCAUCGUGCAGACUUCAGUGGGCAUGGCGGUGCAACAGCCUACGCUCAACCACUCCACCCCGAUGCAGACCGUGUCGGCCAACAGCCUAAGCUCGCCGCAGCUGACGCUGCAGGCGCCGGGCACCGUCGGCCUGAUCGCGGCGCCGGUGCAGGGCUCGGUGCUGCCGAUGCAGCCGCCGGCCACGCUCGUGGCUCACGUCAAGACUGAGGAUGACAAGAGCCAGAUGGCGCCACCGGCGCCGGUACAGCAGAUCGCGCCGCAGCCGAUGGCGGUCGACGCGGCGCCCGAGCCGGCCAGCGCGCCGUUCAGCGCGGCGCCCGCGCCAGACACGCCGGCCUCCGCCCCUGUCUCUUCUGCCGAGUUCCAGCGCGCAUCGAGCGCCACAGUCACGACGGAGUCCAAGCAGCUGACGCCGAAGACCGAGACGGCGCCGGCCACGAGCUCGGAGCCGGCGCCGGCGCCGCCCGCCUCCGCCGCGCAGCCCGUGCCCAGCAGCGCGCAGCAGACCACGCCCGUCGCGCCUCAGCGCCCCAAAACCCCGUGGUCGGGAGAGAAAGUUCACUCCACGAGUGAGGACCCUCCCCGCGAAACCGCGCGCAAGCGUCCGCCCGCCAAGGGGAGUAGGACGUCGUACAGAAAGAAGGAUGCAGUGGUGACGACGGUGGCAUCCUCUACGUCCGCGUCGUCCACGAUGACGGCAGCUAUCACAGCGCCGGUGUCCGCCGGUGGAACCACUGCGCUUUUCAAGUCUUCGCAGAGCGCUCCGAGGCACAUGAGCCAGCAGGCUUCGCAUGAUAAAGGCUUACCCAAAGCCAUGGUGAAGCCCAACAUCCUGACGCACGUCAUCGAAGGCUACGUCAUUCAAGAGGCCGGGGAACCGUUUGCUGUAAAUCGUCCUCUGCGCGAAUGGACCGCUGAUAAGGAACAAGACAAGGAGAACAAACUCCCGUCUUCCGACGAGCCACCGCGAAAGAAGCAAAUGCUAGACCCGGCUACUUUGAACAUAGCGCGCAUCACGUCGAGUAGCAGCGAGGCGGGCGGUCGCGAGCGGGAGCGGGAGAGAGAACGAGAGAGGGAGAGAGAAGAAGCGGCUCAGGUCGUCUCCGCGAAGGCGUCGCCUAGCAACGAGCCGGACACCGCUACGGCUGACGACCAGGCGGCCAAGUUCCCCAACGCCAAUAAGUGGACCGUGAACGAGGUGUGCGAGUUUAUCCGCAACAUCCCCGGCUGCGCUACCUACGCCGACGAGUUCCUGAUGCAAGAGGUGGACGGAGAGGCGCUGCUGCUCAUCCGGCCCGAGCACCUGGUCAUGGCGCUGUCCAUGAAGCUCGGGCCCGCGCUCAAGAUCGUGGCCUGCAUCGACUCCCUGCGUCCCGAGGGCGAGCAGACCACGCACGAGAACGACUGAGAUUUUGUUGCCUACUAUCUGAACCCGGAUCGAAACCUGUGAAGUUUUCGUAAGUGUUCAUAUAUUACUCUUAGUGAGAUAAUAUAAAAAUGAUAGUGGGCAACCUAAAACACUGGCUAUACGAGCCGAUCUAAGACUAUUAACAGCGUACUUUAUACUCUAAAAGAUCUUCAUGUACUAUGACUUCGUAAUAUAAUAUUAGCUAAUCUUAAUCUACUUAUACAGGGCUAUUUGUAAAACACCAGCAACUUCGCAGUUAGAUUAAUUUGUUCUACGACUUUUGAAAAUUCGUAGUUUUUUUUCGUACUUACUAAAAUAAAUAUUAAUUGAUUUGACCGCUCCACUAUUACUACGAGCUUGCUGGUGUUUUACAAAUAACCUUGUAUAUUAAAAUAUAUACAAACGGUUAUAUUAUGUUAUCAAACGCGUUCGCAAUUCGUUAUUUUAGUUUCUAAGGUGUCUUAUUAAAUAACAGCAAUAUCCAGAACAAAUGCGGUUAUUUAAUAACUCUGCACCACAUAGCUUUAUUAUUUAUGAAUUUUAGCAUUUACGUUUUUUCUUGUGUUUAUUAAUUUGUGUAACAUAAACUAACGCUUUUGUGUAAAUGUAAAAUUCGUCUAACAUCGAGGCGAGACUUCGCGAUAGUAAGAUUCAGGUAUAAACGAAUUCAGUAUUGAAUAAUUAUGCUUUUAAUGUGAAGGAAACUGACUUCUUUGUGAUUAAAGUUAAAUUUUUAAUAUUAUAACAUCUAACGAAAUCUAAUUUUUCAGUAACGAACAUUUUAGUGUCUUUUUUAAGAACAACGAAUCUAAAUUUUAUAAAAUCUAGUAUUUAUGUGAGACAAUAUUAAGGCAUAGGCUACAUAAAUAAUAAUUUCUAAAAUAAAUUUGAACAAAAAUCGCAACUAAACCUACGAAAUAUUUACAUUACUUAAAUUAUAAAGUCAUGAAUAUGAAAAGACCUGGUUAAUAUGAAAUAUGGUUACGUGUUAGCUAUGCCAUUAUUUUGUUUUUGACAUCGAUUGUUUGCCAAGUAACUAAACACUGGUUCGUUUCCUCGUUGCGCUGUCGUGAAACAAGCCUGAGGUGCAUUAAGGACAAAUGUCGAAAGGUCCGCCUACUUAGAUAUAAGCAAAGUACUCGGAUUAAUCGAACUGCAACCCAGAUUAAUCUAUGUAGCUAUGCACUUAUUUUUAAUUUUUUUAUUCGCGUUUUAAAAUUAUUUUAAUUUACCUUUUAUUUUACAAACAAAUACAACCGAUUGCUCUUUAAUCUCUAGUAUAAUAUUAACGAUGGAUGUUGUAUCAGGUUGUCCCAUUAUAUUUAUAAACAUCUUAAAACACAACUGAACCUGGGAGUCGAUUUUAUAGUUCUUACUGGGAUUUUGUCACAUUUAUUUGCAUAUAAAAUUCACAUGCGAAUUCCUUUUGAAUUUAUUAUGAACUUAUUUGUAUUUUUAAUUCCUUUUACCUUCGUAUUUUUUAUACCACGUAUUAACAAUUAAUUAUAAGUUAUAAUGAAAUGUCGGUUUUAGGCUUUUAAAACUUAAUUUCAGUCAGUUUUAAAAGCAUUAUCCCGUCGCGUUUGCUGUUGACUUAGGAUAUUUUGAAUUGAUUGCAAUGACCCUUUAUUUAAAACUAAUUGAUUGUCUCGUUUUUAUUAUAAUGUUAAUAUAUCGCACUCCCACGUGGUUGUCAUUAAAUUAUUACUUACGGGACAACCUGUGUAGAUUAGUGUAUAAGUGAUAAUAAGUGAUUUACCUUGUGUACUUGUAUUAUAUUAAUGUAUGCAGUUAUGUAAGCAUACAGUGACCAGAACUGGGAUACAAUUAACAUGUCUUAGGAACUGAACGAGACAAUUGUGAAGGUGAAACCUUCGUACUCGGUUCAGGACGUCGGCUGUCCGUUGUACUCAAGCUAUAGUUUAACAAACAACGGCAUUGGUUAGACUGUCGCUAGCUUCCUUACGACGGACGGUAGAACAGUUGUAUUGGUGCAUCUCAGUAACUAAUGCAUCCAAGGCGUUUAAAUUGGCUGCGUGUGCUUAAAUGUUGCAUUCGAGUGCAGGCAAUCAAUGAGGUGCACAGAUCACGACUCGACAGUUUUAUACAUUAUUAUAGUUCUAAAUAAAUUAAUUGUCUGUUAGUGGUACAGUAUUCAAGUACGUUUUUACUAAGGGGUGAGUUCGAAUUUUAGUCGAUUGUAUACUACAACCGCAGAUCGCGAAUUAUAACAACAUAACCCUCCUUCAGGCGCAGUCAGGUAAUGACUCCUAGUCUGUGGUUGCACGCAAAACAGUAGAGUCGCUGUGUGGUCUGCGGUCAGUCCAACUCACACCUUAAGACCAACACUCUUAUGAACUAAUAAGUAAAAUUAGUAAUUUUAUAGUUUAAGAGCGCGCGGCGUAACAUCCGUAUAUUAUUUACUUAAGUAUUAAAAUAUUAAUUAAUCACUUAACUUUUAUGUUGGUGUAUAUUCGUUUAUAUUAUUAUAGUUGUUGUAAUAUUUUAAAAUGUUAGUAGCUUAUAACAACAGAGGGGAGAAUGUGCAACAAUAUUUUACAAGCCCCUUUAAUACAUAGUAUCUCAUUGCUUAUGAUUUUUUUUAACAAUUUCUUACUCACCCAUGAAACUGUAAAAUCUAUGGUGCUAAUUAGUUCUACGUGUUGUCACGUACUUUUUCUUAUUUAGUUAAUUAUGAGGGCUGGUAGAGUAAGUCGCGCCUUGUUAUAUUGCAAAUGAGAUCUAUGUUUUGACGUUUUCUAAAACUACCUGCGGGCGUAAUGAAAAUGAUUGGUCGCAGAGGUGUGUGUGCAAUAGGCAAUUAGACAGUAGAUACGCGUCUGGUAAUAAAUAAAUCUAUAAUGCACAUGAAUAGAAAGAAACACACCGAAACAACUAGAGUAACCACAUUCGUAAUUUUUGCGUGAUUUGCACUUCCAGCUCACAUUUCGUAAUGAAGUUACAUUGUAAAUAUUUUAAGUUUAACGUCAAUUGUAGUCAGGCCUCGUAAGCCGUCGCUGACCUCGGUCAACAGGCCGUUUACUUGCAAGACAAUUAUUUACACACAUUUUUCAGGAUAUACAUCGAUUUUACUAACUGUUUUUAUUAUUCACUAUAUUUCUUAGCAGAGUUUUCAAUUUAUACUAACAGUAACAUUUGUAUACCCGUACGUUGUAAAUACUAGAAAAGGAAACAUGUACUGGACACUUACACACGCUUAGUGCGAUUUGUAUAUACUUAUUAUAUUUUAACAAUUAGAUACCAAAAACAGGUCAGUACCUUAUUAAUAUCAUACAGUGUAAGUACUGGGAAUUUAAAACAAUUUUAAGAACAUUUAAUGUAUAAAUUUGAUGUUUUAGACAAGUGUUCUGCAAACUGGAUCCUUGAUGUAAUAUGAACUAUGUCCAGGUUGCUCUCGUAGAUUCUCGCCUAAAAUGUUUUAUAAUUCCCCAACUUCUGGCACUCUAUCAAGGGGUCCGAACUAUCGUGAAUGUUAAUAUACCUAAUACUAAUAAAAUAAUAAUACUUAUCGUAUUUAUGUGGUAAUGUAAAAAUGUCGUUUUAGAUUUACUUAUUUGGUAACAUUAGGAUAACAUAGUGAACGUCUAAUUUGUACAUUUUGCAAACGGCUCUCCACUGCCCUAACACAGCAUAGUCACAUCUGUAAAUAUUAUGUAUGUGGUUUUAUUACUUUUAAUAUUAGUGAAGUUAAUUAGCGGUAGUACUCCGCAUUGUUGACGUCAAUACUCUUAUUUUGUAGUGGUUGGGAAAAUGUUGGGUAGUUAGUUUUGUUAUCAUGUGUUUUGUAACAUCAAAAACGUUGCAUCUAGAUAGUUUUUGAGGAUGCUAUUAUUUCUUAAUUACUUUUUAAUUGCAAAGAUGCUAUUCGUUUAAGAUGUUCUUUUGUGAAUGUACAUCGAUAUGUACGGGCGUGACUAAACACUUGUGUAACUUGAUAGAUUUUGAAUUGUCCAACUAACAUUGCUCAACUCAACACUGAUACUAUUGUUCACGUCAAAAUUAGGAAAAAAUAAAGCAAUUGAGACUGAUA